CGCACACAAUCACAGUGUUUGUUAGAAAAAACAAAACAAAGUCACGGCAGCUGAAUAUUUCGUGGUAUAUUUAUAAUUGGCGUUUAACCCGAGCAGCAAACGAAACGUUAAUAAGCUAUAAAUAAAACAAGUGUGCAGCAGCAGCCGUGCAGUAAUCCAGUUCCGGUGCGAGGCAUGGGCUGGCCCCACCACUGACCAAAACGAACAACAAGAGGACAAGGACGACAACAUAAUCUGCGUCUUAGCCGAAGAUUAGAACUAGAAAUCAACAAAGGGCCGCCGUUGCACACACAGUCAAUAUGGUCGAGCCCAUUUUCGAGUAUCAAUUCCGCCUGAUACUCAUCGGCGACAGCACAGUGGGCAAGAGUUCGCUGCUCAAAUUCUUUACAGAUGGAAAAUUUGCCGAGCUCUCGGAUCCGACAGUGGGCGUGGACUUCUUUGCCCGCCUCAUCGAGAUGAAGGAUGGGACACAAAUCAAACUACAGCUGUGGGACACGGCCGGCCAGGAGCGUUUCCGCUCCAUCACAAAAUCCUAUUAUCGCAAUUCAGUCGGCGUUCUGCUCGUCUAUGAUAUCUCGAAUCAUGCCAGCUUCGAGCAUAUACCACUGUGGAUGAUGGAGGCGCAGCGUCACAUCGAGCCGCACCGACCCGUCUUCGCGCUGGUUGGCUGCAAGCUGGACCUCAUCAAUGCGGGCGGCCACCGCGAAGUGUCCACGGAGGAGGCGCAGACGUUUGCCAAACAGCAUGGCCUGCAUUUCGUAGAGACUUCCGCGCGCACCGGUGCCAAUGUGGAGGAGGCCUUCCGCAUGGUCACCCAGGAGGUGUACGCACGCAUUCGAUCCGGCGAGUACAAGGCGGAGGAUGGCUGGGAUGGCAUCAAGGCCGGCUUCGCGACGCCCAACAGUCUCGACUUUAAUCUCGUUGUGGCCGAGCCGGAGAAGUCCUCCUGUUGUUGAUUCGUUUGUUUGCCUUGGGUUUGGGUCCCCUCCCCCCUUUUCAUUGUUUUUUUUAUUUGUCCAAACAGCGAUAGAGGUUUAUUUUUUGUUUAUUUCCUGCAUAGUUUAUUGUAAAUUUAGUUUUUUCCCUUUUUUUUUUGUCAAAAUCUUCUGUGUGUGGUCCACCCUAGGCACAUCUUAAAGUCGUAUCUAAUUUAGCUGAGAAACCAAAUCAUUAAUGCAAAAACUAUUUUUAGUUUCGUUUGUAAGCAAACCACACUCCCUGCACCGGCCCAGGGACUGGUAAAGCCCAGUAACAUACAUAAAUAUUGGAUCCAAGUCAUUCGGGAAGGGUCUGUUAACCGAAAGACAAGAAAUGGGCUCCAUAUACACGAAAUACGAAAAAGAAAAUCUAUACAUAA